CAGGGACUGGCCAUCCAUCGAUCCAUCCUCAUCGGCAGCACCUCCACUCCCCUCACCGCGUUGGAGAAGAUGAGCGCACCGCCUGAUCACACGCAUCGAUGGACAGUCGCUGUUCGCUCAGCCGCCAGUUGGCCCUUGCCAAGCGGUCAGGGUCAAGCGGGAACGCCUACAGGCACGAGCACACCACUUGCAACACCCUCCCAAACGCCUGGCCCCAGCACUUUGGCAAACACCGUGUCCACUCGAGCCAGAGAAGCAGCUGAAUCGCAAAAUCAUGAUUACCAUCGCAUGGUGGGUGGCAAGGAUGACAUCUCCCACUUUGUCAAAAAGGUCACCUUUAAAUUGCACGAGACGUAUGCCGGCGCUUCCAGAACCGUGGACAAGCCGCCUUUUCAAGUGACAGAGACGGGUUGGGGUGAAUUCGACAUUCAGAUCCGAAUCGUGUUUGUUCCCGAAGCCAACGAGAAGCCAUUGACCACAUAUCAUCGGCUCAAGCUACAUCCAUGGCAUCCCAUCGAGAAGCCCGUCACAGUGACAGAGGCGGAUCAUACAGUCGAUGGCGAUUCGGACCGCGGAGAGGGGGAUGCGGGGGAUGCGGGGAAUGCGGGGGAUGCAGGGGAUGCAGGGGAUGCUGCAGAGGAUGAAAAGGAGGCGCAAGAGGCUACGCAGCAGCCGGGAGACACUUCUACCUCUUCUGCCACGGCCGCACCGCAUGCGCACACCGAAAACCCUGCAGCACGGCCCCUGCUGCCCCCCGUCGUGCACAGCUGGCAAUACGAUGAGAUCGUCUUUCCAGAACCCACCGAAAUCUUCUACGAUAUCCUCAUCAAGAGGCCACAGAGCAGCUUGUUCCCCACCUCUGCGCAAGCAUUCUCGGAUCCGACCGCUUAUCGUUCCUAUCAAUCUCUGCUUUCCAACAUACCUCCGGAUCUCUCUGCCGGCGUACUCCCUCUGCCGCCUCAUCCGCUGCACGCGCCCUCCGGAGCGCUGUUCGAUGCGCUCAGCACCGAAGCUAUCAACAACGAGGCGCAACGGCUGGACUUGGCGCGUAUCUGCGCGGUCAGGGAGCUGGAAGAGUAUAGGAAGAGGUUGAUAGAUGGGGAGAGAAAGUUGAGAGAUGUGAGGAGGAGGCUAGCCAGUUGA